AUGGCCAACAACGUCCCGUCCGAAUUGCGCGACUAUGCGCCGCUUAUCGAGACCAGGGUUGAGAUCUCGCAUACCACCCCCGUCGCAAAGGCCGAGGACUCACCUAUCCCUUCGCGCUCCGCAUCUCUCGGCCCUGAUCCGUUCCCCGUGGAUCCCAACGAUAUUAAUGGACCUGUAACGACUGCUGGACGAAAACGCAAGCUCAAUAGCGCAUCCGCACGGGGUGUAGCCAACCUUACCCCGGACCAACUAGCCAAAAAGCGUGCCAAUGACCGCCAGGCUCAACGCGCGAUACGCGAACGUACCAAAACACACAUCGAGGCAUUGGAGCAACAAGUGAGAGAUUUGUCGUCACAGAAACCCUUUCUUGAUCUUCAGGCGGCCUUGCAUCACAAUGAACGAGUCAAGGCGGAGAAUCGAGAGCUCCGGCAGGGACUAAAGGCGGCAAUGGAUAUCAUCCAGCCUUUACUCGCAAAGCCGGAGGUAUCAGAAUUACCUACUUUCUCAACCCAACCAAAGUCGGCCCCGCAACUUUCUCAUACCUCCCCGUAUCCUGAUGCUGCCGAACACCUCACCCCCAAUGCCCACCUGAUGUCGUCGGACAAGCCGUAUGCCGAGUCAAUUGGUAGUAUCGAUACCCCGUCUCCGACACAUUCAGCACCGAUCGGUGGAAGUCGUCGCAACAGUUCAAAUGGUGGCCUUCCGGGGUCCUCAUACCGAGUAGCCCUCUCCCAAAAUAUCGCUCAUGGUCUAGAUUUCGGAAUGGAGGAACGACUCGGCUUCAAUUUCCUAUUAGACCCCUCCCAAAAUGUUCCCAAGGUGGAUCGUCUCCGUCGUCUUAGUCCGGAGAACUUUCGCACCUCCCAUCCAACAACACCCUCUUCCCCUCUAUACCUUCAACCCUCCAGUUACCCAUCUGAACAACUGACGCCCACAUUCGCUACGCCUAUUAUGAACACUGCCCCAACUUGUCCAUUGGAUAGCGUUCUCAUGGACUUUCUCAAUUCCAGACAGCGCGAAGCCGCACAAGGAAUUCCCCGUCAGAAGCUUGUCGGACCCCCAUACCCGAGUGUUUCUUCCUUGCUUAAUCCCGAGAAAAGCGUCAACUCGCAUCCUGUAUCAAAGGUCUUCACGGAUAUCCUAUGCACAUUCCCGGAUAUUUCAUCACUUCCAGAACAAGUCGCUGUAUUAUACACUAUGUUCCUCCUUAUGCGGUGGCAGAUCUAUCCCACCCAGGAGAAUUAUGACCGGCUACCAGAGUGGCUCGCUCCAGGAACAAGCCAGUUACUCCAACCGCAUCCAGCAUGGAUGGAUUAUCUCCCUUGGCCACGUAUGCGAGAUCAUUUGGCCUCAUGUCACCAAGACUACCCAUUCGAUAAUUGGACCAUUCCCUUUACACGGGGCCUAUCCGUCAAUUGGCCAUACGAGCCCACCGAUUGCUUAUUAUCCGCCGGAGACUCCGAAGAAUUGCUCAUCAAUCCGGUAUUCGAGCGUCAUAUGCGCAACCUCAACAAUUGGUCGUUAGGUCCGCUAUUUGCAGAGUGCUAUCCUAACCUGGUAGACACGACCCGGAUCAGACCGGCACUGAACCAGGAAAGCGCUACUCCUCAUUCUCUGUAG